AUGAUUGAUAAUAAUUUAUUACAAAAUUUAUCACAAAAUUUACUUAAAAUUUUAGAUGAUGAGGAAUAUUAUGAUAUUACUAUUGAAGUUGGCAGUAAACCUAAUGUUAACAUAUUUCGUGCUCAUAAGGUCAUUUUAUAUUAUCGUUCUCCUUAUUUACGAAAAAUUCUGUCAACCAAUAAAAAGAAAAAUAAUGGAACUUUGACACAUGUUAAAUUACCAAAUAUCUUACCUAAAAUUUUCCAGAUAAUCUUAAGGUAUAUUUAUGGUGGAACACUUUCCUUGUCCGAGUAUAAAACUUCAGAUAUUUUUAGAAUCUUGGUCGCUGCUAAUGAACUUAGAAUUCAAGAAUUAAUUAUCCUUCUACAAUCCUUUUUAAUUAAAAACAAAUCAGAAUGGUUGGAGUUAAAUAUUAAUAAUGUAUAUCAAGAAAUUUUUGAAAACGAACCUUUCUCAGCACUUCAAAAGUAUUAUAAUAACUUAAUAUCUGACGAUCCAGAUAAAAUAUUAAAAUCAUUAGAUCUCUCUUCGACUCCGGAAAAUCUUUUGCUCGCACUUAUUAAAAGCGAUAAACUUCAAAAGAAUGCAAUACAUGUAUGGGAAUAUGUGAUUAAAUGGGGACAUGCUCAAAAUCCAGAACUUUCCUCGGAUCCUACAGAUUUCUCAAAAGAAGAUUUUAAUACUUUAAAAAAUAGUUUACAAGGAUAUAUUCCACAUAUUAAACUUAAACUCUAUAAUUUAGCUUCUUUGGAAUUUUCAAACAAAGUAUUACCUUAUAAAAGGAUUUUACCAAAGGAAUUAUAUAAAGAUUUAUUAAAAAGUUACUUGAAACCUAGUAAUCAAGCAAUUAAAAAAACAGAACCUAAUAUUUUUAAAGAUGUUGAAAAUGUUAAUGAAAUUAAUCCAAAGAAUAUUGACUCUAAGAUUAUCACAUCUCAACACGCUGAAUUAAUUUUGAAAGGGAUUAAUAUGAAUAACUCGAAUAUUUUUACUUCAAUAUUUUCAAAAUUUAUUAAAGACAAGGAUACUACUCCUGCUACUGUGAAUGCUACGUUCAAAUUAUUACUUCGUGGAACUCGUGAUGGAUUUACAUCUAAAAAAUUCCAUGAAACCUGCGAUGAUCAAUCUCAUACUGUAACAAUUAUUAAGGUGAAAGAUAACAAUGAAAUUCUUGGAGGAUAUAAUCCUGUUGCAUGGAAAUCUGAUAAUAGUUUUGGUGGAACUAAAGAUUGUUUUAUAUUCUCUUUUAAGGGCGAUAAUAAUAUUGAAAAUCAUAUUUUAAGUCGUAUAAAGUAUGAACAUGAAAGUAUGGCUAUAUUUAAUAGCAAUUGGGCGGGAUCAAGUUUUAGUACGAAUGACCUUAGUUUGGAUGAAGGUGUUGGUUAUUGUAGUCAAUUGUAUUAUGAAAAACCGAUCAGAGAAACUACAAAUAAUUUUUUGGUAGAAGAUAUUAUAGCAUGUUUCUUACCAGAUGAAUAUUAUGAUAUUACUAUUGAAGUCGGAAAUGACCCUCACGUAAAUAUAUUCCGUGCUCAUAAGGUCAUCUUAUAUUAUCGUUCUCCCUAUUUACGAAGAAUUCUGUCAACCAAUAAAAAGAAAGAUGAUGAAGUUUUUAUACAUAUUAAAUUACCAAAUAUUUUACCUGAAAUUUUUCAGAUAAUAUUAAGAUAUAUUUAUAGUGGAACACUUUCUUUGAAUGAAUAUGAGACUUCAGAUAUUAUUAAAAUUUUGAUUGCUGCUAACGAACUUAGUCUUCAAGAAUUAAUUAACUUUCUACAAUCAUUUUUAAUUGAAAAUAAAUCAGAAUGGAUGGAGCUAAAUUUUAAUGAUAUAUAUCAAGCAAUUUUUGAAAACAAUUCUUUUUCGGAACUCCAAGAUUAUUUGUGGGAACAUGUGGUUAAAUGGGGACAUACUCAAAAUCCAGAACUUCCCUCAGAUCCUACAAAUUUCUCAAAGGAAGACUUUAAUACCUUAAAGAAUAGUUUACAACGAUGUAUUCCAUUUAUUAAUUUCUAUAAUUUAACUUCCGAAGAAUUCUCAGAUAAUGUAUUACCUUAUAAAAAGAUUUUACCAAAGGAAUUAUAUAAAGAUUUAUUAAAAAGUUACUUGAAACCUAAUAACCGACCAAUUAAAAAUACAGAACCUAAUAUAAUUAAAGAUGUUGAAAAUGUUAAUGUAAUUAAUACAAAGAAUAUUGACUCUAAGAUUAUCACAUCUCAACACGCUGAAUUAAUUUUGAAAUGGAUUAAUGUGAAGAGUUCAAAUGAUAGCUAUGAUAGCUCAAUUUCUUUUACUUCAUUAUUUUCAAAAUUUAUUUAUAAUGAUAUUAAGGACAAGGAUACUAGUUCUACUGUAAAAACUUCAUUCAAAUUAUUAUUUCGUGGGACUCGGGAUGGAUUUACAACUGAAAAAUUUCAUGAAAUCUGUGAUGAUCAAUCCCAUACUAUUACAAUCAUUAAAGUGAAAAAUAGUAAUGAAAUUCUUGGAGGAUACAAUCCUAUUGCAUGGAAAUCUGAUGAUCGUUAUAGAUAUACUAAAAAAAGUUUUAUAUUCUCUUUUAAGGAUAAUAAUAAUAUUGAAAAUCACAUUUUAAGUCGUGUGAAUAAUGAAAAAUUUGCUACAUUUAAUAGCUUCUUGUCAGGUUUAAAUUUUGGAAACAGUGACCUUACUUUAUAUAAUGGUAGAGGUAAUUGUAUAAAAUAUUCUUACGAAAAAUCUAUCAGGAAAACUACUGGUUUGUUUUCAGUAGAAGAAUAUGAAGUAUUUCAAAUUAUAUGA